UCACAUCCCACGGUGCAGAUCAGCUCCAAACAACACAUUACACCCUAUUCGUGAUUUGACAACAUGCUCCUGUUCCUGUUCUUGUUUGGUCUGGCUCUGGGAGCUGAGUCUCCUUUAGGUGACAAUGAAUUGAAACUACAGCGUGGUAACUGUCCCCCAUUCUGGUUCAGCUUCAACAGCCGCUGCUACAAGUACGUCGCCACACAUAUGACCUGGGCUGAUGCAGAGCUCUACUGUGUGUCAGAGAGAGCCAACCUGGUGUCUAUCCACAGUCAGGAAGAACAGGACUUUGUGAAAUCCCUGAUCAAGAACUUUGACCAUGCUGAGGGAUACACCUGGAUCGGACUAAGUGACACACAGAAGGAAGGAGGAUGGAUGUGGUCUGAUGGAUGUGCAGUGGACUUUGACUUUUGGUUUUCAGAACAGCCAGACAAUGGUGCUGGAACUGAACAUUGUGUUCACAACAACUAUGCAAAAGAUCUGAAAUGGAAUGAUGCCACAUGUUCUGACACUUAUCCAUCUGUUUGUGUUUCUCGCAUAAUCUGCCCGUAGCAACUGAGAUGGUUGCUGAG